AUGUCUUCACCGAAUAAUUCAAAUGGGGGACUCCAAAGAUCACUUUCUAGUCAUCUACAACGACUCAAUAUCCGUACGCCGGAUUCUUCAGCACCAAGUUCACCUGAUAUUUCCGAGAAAGAUAUUGGACGUAAACUGACAACAAGCAGUAGCAAUAACCCAACAAAGCAAUCGUCAUCAUCAUUUUUAUCCAGAACCCUUUCAUCGAAACGUGAUAGAGCUGAUUCAGUGGGACGCAAUAGACCAUCGCCACCACUUCCACCACCUAUUACACAUAAAGAGAGCGAUCAUAGCGACGAUUCAAGUAGUAGUACACCACAAUUAUCCCCAUUAAAAGACCUACCACCAAGCAGUGCGUUCGGAAAGGCAAGAGAUAGAUCCACAUUUAAGGGAGUCAUUGAUAAAUUUGUGGGCAGUUUUAAUGACUUGCUAAAUAAAGACAAACAAUCGAAUGAUCAAGAAAAAGAAAUGGAAAUUUCUGGUCCAUACAACGCCAAACAUGUUACACAUGUUGGUUUUGAUGCCAGUACUGGCGAGUUUACUGGAUUACCUCAAGAAUGGCAAACAUUAUUACAGCACAGUGGUAUUUCAAAAGUGGAACAAUAUCAAAACCCGCAAGCUGUCUUGGAUGCUAUUGGUUUCUACCAAGAAAAUCGUGAUCACGAUGAAUUAGUGUAUCAUAAAAUGGAAAAGGCACACGCUUUAACAGAUGAAGAUCAGAUAGAACUUAAUGAAGAUGAAACAAAGAAACAGGAAAGAUUAGAUGAGCAAUUGUAUCACCAACACCUUCAGCAACAGCAGCAACAGCAACAGUAUCAACAAUAUCAACAAAGACAACUUCAAUUACAACAAGAACAUAAAUUAAGACUGGAUCAAGAACGGCUUUCCCCUUCUUCCCAUGCUGCCAGAGAUUACGAUAUAAAAAGAAAACUGAGCUCGAAACAACGUGAUAACAAACCCAAACCGCAGUUACAGCAGCAGAAUUCAUUGACAGGAUCACCCGGAACCGUAAAACAACGUGUUAAAGAGAGAAAGCAUACAAUGAAAGAUGCUGAAGUUAUUGCAAAAUUAAGAACUAUAUGUACUGAAUCUGAUCCUAGUCUCGUCUACAGAAACAUGCGAAAGAUUGGACAAGGAGCCUCUGGAGGUGUAUAUACCGCAUAUUCUGAUCACUGUGAUUUUCCUGUUGCCAUUAAACAAAUGAACCUUGAACAACAGCCCAAGAAGGAGUUAAUUAUUAAUGAGAUUUUAGUCAUGAAGGAGUCUAAACAAAAAAACAUUGUCAAUUUUAUCGAUUCUUACUUAUGGCGUGGAGAUUUAUGGGUCAUCAUGGAAUACAUGGAGGGUGGGAGUCUUACAGACGUUGUAACCAAUAACAUGAUGAUGGAAGGUCAAAUUGCUGCCGUUUGUCAUGAAGUUCUGGAAGGUCUCCAACACUUACAUUCCAAGGGUGUUAUUCAUCGUGAUAUCAAGAGUGAUAAUAUUUUGUUAAGUUUGUAUGGUGAUAUCAAAUUAACCGAUUUCGGUUUCUGUGCUCAAUUAAAUGAGAUGCAAUCUAAGCGUACAACAAUGGUUGGGACACCAUAUUGGAUGGCCCCUGAAGUAGUUACUCGUAAGGAAUAUGGUCCCAAGGUAGAUAUAUGGUCUCUUGGUAUUAUGGCAAUUGAGAUGGUUGAAGGUGAACCACCUUACCUUAACGAAAACCCUCUUCGUGCACUGUAUUUAAUUGCUAACAACGGUACCCCUAAGCUUCAGAACCCUGAAGCGCUUUCACCGGUAUUCCGUGACUUUUUGGCAAAAUGUCUAGAGGUUGACGUAGAUGCUAGACCUUCCGCUGCAGACAUGCUGAACCACCCAUUUUUGAGAUUAGCCGAUCCUUUACCAUCCCUUGCCCCUCUUAUCAGAGCUGCUCGUGAUGCUGUUAAAAGAGAAGAAUAAAUAUUUUUUUUAUAACAAAAGACUCGAUGCUACAAUAUUACUGUGUUCUUGAUUUGAAGUUCGGAAGGAGGUAAAAAAUAAAUGACAGAAUAAAAAAAAUCUUAGACAA